CAUGCCAAAGCAUCUCAGUUGGAUUUAAGUCCAGUUGAGAUGCUUGAGAUGUUUUUGGUUUUUUUUGUAGCCAUUUGGUGGCUUUUUUAUAUUUUUAUAUAUAUAUAUAUAUAUAUAUAUUUCAGUCUUCCAAGUGCUUGUCUGAUUGUUCAGGUUUUCUCUCUAUCAUUGUAUGGUCUUUACAGUAUAAACUAUGAGGCAACCGUUGUGAUUUGUACUAUAUAAAUAUAUAAAUUGGAUUGAAUUAGGCUUUUCCCUUAAUAAAUAAAAUAAUUUAAAAACUGCAUUUGUAUUCACUUGGGUUGUCUUUGAUGAUUUUAAAAGUGGGACAAAUGUGCAAAAAAAAAAGACGAGGGCAAUUGCUCAGUCCAUAGUCAGGGAUGUCACCUAAGUAAUGUUUAUAUUCUCUACAAGGAAUAACUUCUAAGCCUUAAUUAUCGAAUAAUCUCACUAAGAAAAAGCAUUAAAUAAAUUCUAAUUCAUACAACCACAAUUGGGUAAUUUUUAGACGAGGUUCUAAUUUUCGAAAGUCAGUGAAAGCAUCUUAACAGGAAGUUCUAACAGCCUUUGCAGUCCGGGUACUGAUCCCUGACUGCACACUUGUGUGUAACUUUGUGUUCUCUAUCUGUUUUCUCUGAAAACUGCGAAGGAAUUAUGGUCAGAUACAAAGACUUACUAUGGAAACAAUGUUGCCAAGUCUGGACUGUUGUUUUUGGUAUGUAGGUGUAAGUUUAAUAAGGUUAUGACGCGACUGAAUUUAGUAGGUUUCCUUGGGUUCCAUUCCCUCCAGGUGUCCAUCAGGUGGAGAAACUCCAGUGCUAGGUUUGGUGGGGGUGGUGAGGCCAUGGAAAAGCCAUCAUCUUCAGACAGGGCUGCGCUUGAGGAAAGAAGAGGCCUGGUGGAGGAUGGUGGGGAGCCUAGAGGUGCAGAGGGUGGAGAGGUGAAUGCUCGGACCCCAAGGAAGAGCAGCUCCUCCCGCAAAAGCUUCCGCCUGGACUACCGACUGGAGGAGGAAGUGACAAAGUCCUGUCGGGACAAACACGGCCGCUGGGCUAACCCCUGGCCAACAUGGCGCUUCCCUUCCUACACAAUGCUGUUCAGGUUCCUGUUCUUAGACAAAAAUAACAGCAAUGUACCUGCUAGUAAAGAGGACCUCGACAGUGCGCUUCCUGUGAUGGAGCCAUACUUUGUGCAGAACCCAAACCUCUCUGGCUCUGGUCCUGGACUGAGAGUCACGUGGCUGGGCCACGCCACAGUUCUGAUUGAAAUUGAUGGGGUGAAUGUUCUGACAGACCCAAUCUUCAGUCAGAGGGCAUCUCCGGUCCAAUUUAUGGGACCCAGAAGGUUCAGAGGGCCUCCCUGCACUGUGGAGCAGCUUCCCAGGAUUGACGCAGUGGUCAUCAGCCAUUCUCAUUAUGAUCAUCUGGAUGCUGGAUCUGUGGCCAGCCUUAAUGCACGUUUUGGAGGAGAGCUACGCUGGUUCGUGCCAAUGGGUUUGAUGGACUGGAUGGUGAAGAUGGGCUGUGAGAAUGUGAUGGAGUUGGACUGGUGGGAGGAGAACUGUGUCCCAGGGCAUGACGAUGUCACGUUUGUUUGCACACCCUCUCAGCACUGGAGCAAACGCACAGCAUGGGACGAUAACAAAUCUUUAUGGAGCAGCUGGGCAGUUUUGGGUCCAGACCAUCGUUUCUUCUUUGCUGGUGACACCGGCUACUGUUCUUCCUUUGGGGAAAUAGGACGACGCUUUGGACCGUUUGACCUUGCAGCAAUUCCUAUAGGAGCCUACCUGCCCAGGGACGUGAUGAAGGGACAGCAUGUAGAUCCAGAGGAGGCCGUUCAGAUUCAUGAGGACCUUCAGGCCAGACAGUCAGUGGCCAUUCACUGGGGCACCUUUGCCCUCGCCUAUGAGUACUACCUCGACCCACCUGUUCAACUCAGAGAGGCUUUGGCACAGAAAGGACUGAAACCAGAAUCUUUCUUCACUUUGCACCAUGGGGAGUCUCGCCUCAUAUCUGCACAGGGAGGAGACGUCUUCGACUGAUGCCCGUCACUUUCGUGGCCCAUUUCUAUCGAUUUGUCUGUAACAAAGUGCAGUGAUUUUAUUACAUUUAGAGGCACUGUUUAAAAGUUGUAAUAAUUGCAUAUGUAUGCAGCCUAUAUCAACUAGAAAUCAAAACUGUUCCACAAUAUUAAAUGUUUGCACUGCCAUCGCAUAGUCAUUGAUAGGCGGUACUACCUACAGGAGCCAUGACUCCACUAGAAAAGUGGAGUUUUUUUUUUUUUCGGUUUACACAAGGAAAAAUGUGCAUUCAUAAAAGCAAAGAUCAGUUCUUCUCAUAGUUAAUGAGUAAGCAGAAAGUAUAAGAUUUACUUAAUGAUUUUAGGAUCUGUACUUGAUUCUGAUUGGUCGUGGUACGGAUCCAUCAAACCAAUUUAGAAAACUAGAUUUUUAGAUUUGAAAUGCAUUAAAAAGGUAUUUUGUGAUGCCAAACAAGUAAUUAUUUAGAACAUUUUGUGCCACUCUUUGUGAAAUGGUAACUUACAUUUUGGUGUGUAUUCAUUUUGAUUGAAAUUUCAUGGUGUGCACACUGCUUUACAACAAAGGAGAAAAAGAAAAAAAAUCCCCCCCCCC